UGUUGGAUAACCCUGCGCGUAAAUGUGUUUCAGCAGUUCAUGUCAAUAGCCUAACCUAUUUUUGAAUUGAUGCGUAACAUACAUUUACAGCCUUUGACUUACCGCCGAUUGAAUAAACAGUUCGUAAGAGCCGAGCAACCUUUGUACGCUAUGUCUGGCUGCUGAUGUAAGACUCAGGGAAAGGCGAUGCUUGCGAUUUACAGUCAUCUAUAUAAACGCCCGCGCCCCUAAAUAUUUAUGUCUUAACCGUGUCAACUGAACAAGCGCUUAAAUCAUUAAACUGGAGUUUCCUGUCUACCACGUACCACGCCUGACUCCAGACAACCUUGUGCACCUGCCCCUGACUCGGAGGAACUGCUGUCUCGCGCUCAGCAUCUGCAAACCGUCGAUAGGUCGGUGCUCGCGCCAGAAAUCAUAAGCACCAGUUUACCUCGUGCUCUAGACUGUCGCUGAUCCGUAGGAAGGGUCGUGCUUUCAGGCAAAGGUGAGACCGGAGGUGAACAACGCGCCAACUGACAAAAACAGCCUAUUACCCGGAGAAUAAAUGAUACUAGGAUGACAUCUGUGGCGGGGGGCUGCCGAUCCUUGGUGGAUUAAUGGUUAAACGGCCUGGACUGUGAAUGAACCAGACGUGUGUCUCUAGUCUCCAUCAUCAUCCAGAAUGCAUCGUAGGAGGACCAUGAAGGGGCUCGCCCCACAGACCCCAUCCCAGGAACAGUAACCUCCGUCUGGGUCCCACCCCACCCGGAUGGCCUCCCAACCCCCCUGUGAGGCAGCUCGCCCCCGCCCAGCAGAGGAGCAGCCGAGGCUCUUCACCCCCAUCUCUCCCCUCGCUUCAGCCGUAGCUCCAGCCCUCGCUCUGCUCUGUCCAUCUCUGGAAUGAAGACAGCCAGUAGGGCCAGGCCCCGCUCCCCUAGCCCCCGGCCCCGACCACCACGCUCCCCCAGCCCUGGCCCUCAGCUCGUCCAGAUGAGACGCUACAGGCCUGGGGUUGGGGUGUACCCCUUCCUGUUCCCCUCGGUCAUCAGCGCUCUGCCGCUGGCUAACCGGUCGGGUUCUCCCCCCGCUCCGAGGCCGCUGGUCCAGCAGGCCUCCAGCAGCGUUAAUACUCCAUCGCCUGCAGCCAUCGAGACCCAGAGCACCAGUUCUGAGGAGCUGGUCCCAAGUCCCCCGUCCCCCCUGCCCCCGCCCCGCGUCUACAAGCCCUGCUUCGUGUGCCAGGACAAGUCCUCGGGGUACCACUAUGGUGUCAGCGCCUGCGAGGGCUGCAAGGGUUUUUUCCGUAGAUCCAUCCAGAAGAACAUGGUCUACACGUGUCACCGGGACAAGAACUGCAACAUCAACAAGGUGACCAGGAACCGCUGUCAGUACUGCCGGCUCCAGAAGUGCUUUGGCGUGGGCAUGUCCAAAGAGUCUGUCCGGAACGACCGCAAUAAGAAGAAGAAGGAGAGUCCCAAGCCAGAGCUGACAGAGAACUACGAGCUGAGUGCAGAACAAGAGGCCAUCAUAGAGAAGAUACGCAAGGCUCAUCAGGAGACCUUCCCAUCGCUCUGCCAGCUGGGGAAAUACACCACGAAGUCGAGUGCGGAACAACGCGUGAGGCUGGACCUGGGGCUGUGGGAUAAGUUCAGUGAGCUGGCUACUAAGUGCAUUAUAAAGAUCGUGGAGUUUGCCAAACGAGUACCUGGUUUUACAGGACUCACCAUAGCUGACCAGAUCACGCUGCUUAAAGCUGCCUGCCUCGAAAUACUGAUUCUGCGUAUCUGUACGCGGUACACUCCGGACCAGGACACCAUGACGUUCUCAGACGGGCUGACCCUGAACCGGACCCAGAUGCACAACGCAGGCUUCGGGCCGCUCACCGACCUGGUGUUCACCUUCGCCCACCAGCUGCUGCCUAUGGAGAUGGACGACACAGAGACAGGCCUGCUCAGCGCCAUCUGCCUCAUCUCUGGAGACCGGCAGGACCUGGAGGAGCCCUCUAAGGUCGACCAGCUCCAGGAGCCUCUACUGGAAGCUCUGAAGAUCUACGUGAGGAAGAGGAGGCCCAGCAAGCCACACAUGUUCCCCAAGGCCCUGAUGAAGAUCACUGACCUCCGCAGCAUCAGCGCCAAAGGUGCGGAGCGGGUCAUCUCGCUGAAGAUGGAGAUCCCUGGCUCCAUGCCUCCUCUGAUCCAGGAGAUGCUGGAGAACUCAGAGGGACAAGACGGCCAGAGCAGCACCCAGAGCGAGGAUGGCAGCAGCCCCAAGAAGGGCACCCCUAAGGGGGGUACGGGGGGUAAACCCUCCCCUGUGUCCCCUGACCCCUCAGACAGCGAUGGGCCCACAGUGGCCCCUGAGGAGGAAGAGGACCCCUAGGUCCCAGUGGAACUCAAGGGCCUCUCAGACAGACACUCUAUCUGACAUUCCUUUGCACAAAAAAAAAACUAAAAAUAGGUCGACAGCCAGGCAUGGUGGACCCCCUCUCCUCCUCCCCUCAGGCCUUCGGUCCCUUGGUGACCACCACCACCUUUGCUUGUUCUUAUGUUUUCCUUUACAUUUCUUUUUUCCCUUCUCUCUCUUUAUCUCUUCAUUUCCCCUUAAAAAACAACAGCACUAAGGCCUAAAAGGACCAGUUGUUGGUUUGUGUAUAAUUCUAAAUUGAUUGAGGUUGUGUCUCGGGACUAGGGUGUGAUUGGUCGAGUUGGGUUUGACCCCGUCUGGCCACACCCACUUACCUGUACACAAAGGUCAUAGGUCAUCCUCCUCAGGUCUCCUGUGUAAAUUCAUCCCUGCAUGACGGGCUUGCCGAGUUUAAUGCGUGGUUAUAAUCUCCCUCUCUCUCUCUCUCUCAUAUUGUUGAAUACAUUGUACAUACCAUUGUAUGGUUAGAAAUCUCUGUUUCUAUGAUGAAUUUUGUGGUGCUUUUUUCAUUGUCUUAAAUAUCAUAGUUUGAGGCGAAACAGUACGUACAUGACAAGGUUUAAAGGGGGGCCUAAAAUAUAAGGUCCUUUACAAAAACAGUUACAUAGAAUGUUCUUGCAUAUAGACAGUCUGGAAGACUAAUACUUUAUAUUUGUUCCUAUAUUUAAUGUUUGUUUUUUGGUCUUUUAUGACUCUUUAUGUUGAUGUCUCGUUGAGUGUACAUUGCAUUCACCAUAAAGCCCGUUAGAGGUUUC